AUGGAGAAAAUAAAUACGGAGCUGUUGAUAAGUUUAGUGGAAGCGAGACCCGCUUUAUGGGAUAAAACACUUGACACAUAUAAAGACAAAAAUUUAAAGUCGUCAGCAUGGAGAGAGAUAUGUUCUCUGUUAAAGGAGAAUUUCGAAGAUAUGGAACAAAAGGAGAGGCAGGCUUUUGGUAAGCUGAUUUUAAAAAAGUGGACAUACAUUCGAGACUCGUGGAUGAAAGCAUUGAAAAAACAUAAAGACCAAAAAACAAGUGGCACAUCGACCAAACCUUCAAGACUUUAUAUAUAUAAUGAGCAGAUGUCAUUCCUGAAAAAAAUUACAGAUUCAACUGUUUGUCAUGAAAACACUAAUAAUGAAAAUAACACCGAGAUAGAAGACUUGGAUGCAGAAGUUAUUGAAGAGAGUGUUCCACCUGAACAACCGAAUAUGGAAGCAAAUCAGUCUGGUAGUACUCCCAUCAGUACUUCUACUGCACGCAGAAAGAGGAGUAUUAAUGAAGUUGAUGCCAAAAUGAUGCGAUUCAUAGACCAUCAAAUCAACUUAUCCAAGGUUUCAACAGUCAAAGAGGAUGAAAAUCGUCAUCUUACAUUCUUCAAAAGUCUUCUUCCAUCAUUAUCAUCGUUUGAUGAAGAUGAAACUUUGGAAUUUCAGUCGAUUUAUCCCUCUCUUUCUCUGACCGUACGACCAAACAUACGCUGA